GCCUCCCAUGUGGCACGUGCGGCUCGGGCGCCCGCGGCGGCCGGAGCCGCGCCGCCGCGUCGCGCCGGGGUCCCGCCGCGGCUUCGGGAGGAGGCGGAAGGUGCGCCUGGACGAGUACAACCAGUAUGAGGCACCGGUCAAGCUGAGGAUGUGGCGCAACAUGAACAAGGAGGGCGGCUUCUUCCCGCACCAGUUCGAGAACAUGACGGCCCACGAGACGGCGGACACGGUGUUCGCGGCGGUGAAGCUCAAGGUGCACGGCCCGGACUUUUGGGGGAGGGCGGCACUGGCCGUGGGCGACGCAGCGGGCUCCCUGAGCAGCAAGCAGCUGGCCACAGUGUGCUGGUCCUUCGGCGCCGCGAAGUGGAGCGACGAGAGGCUCAUGGCAGCACUCGCGCCCUACUUGAUCCGCAGCGCGGGCAGCAUGCGGCCUGGCCACGUGGCGGUCGUCGCCCAGGCCUUCGCGCGCACGAAGGUCCACCACGCCGCCGUGCUGCGCGCCCUGUCGGAGUCCGCGGAGGCCAACCCGCGCCUGACCGGCAAGGGCUACACCAUGCUGUCCGACUCCUUUGCCGCCCUGCGAUUCCGCAGCGACGGCUUCCACAAGCGGCUGGACGCGUGGGCUGCGGCUGGUGGGGUCAACAGCUGCACGGGCGAGGAGGCGGUGGCGCUGACCCACUCGAUGUCGCUGCUGCUGCAGCCAGGCCCUCCUGACGCUCCUGGGGGACAGCUGCUCCGCGCUCUGGCCGACCACCUGGCACAGUCGCUGGAGACGGGGGCGCUGGAGCCGCCCGUCAUUCUCACUGGGCUGCUCGCGAUAGGAAGGCUCGGAGCCGCGGACGCACGGGUCCUCGCCAGCCUGGAGAUGGCGGUGGGCCACGAGAUGCACCGGCUCAGCGCCCUGUCGCUCCCCGCGAUCCUGGACGCGUUCACGAGGCUGUACACCUCGGGGGGCGCCGCGGAGGGCGCCCUCCCGCUGAGCGAGGAGCGACGGAGGCUCCUCGGGACGCUCACGGGCGCCCUGACGAGGCAGCUCCGCCAGGUGCGCCCCCAGGACGCGACGCGGGCGCUGCAGGCGCUGGAGCGCCUGGGGCUGAUGGACCCCCACCUGCUCGCGGGGGCCCAGGAGCUGGUGCCGAGCCGCCUGGCCGCCUGGCCGCCCGCCUCCGUGCUCGCGCUCCUGGAGUCCUACGCGGCCGCGUCCAACAGGGACGGCCUCAUGCUCCCCUGCCUGCGCAGGGCCCUGCUGCCGCCGGUCGGCAGCGGCGGCGGAGGCUCUGGGAGCGAAGGCUUCUUGGACCCGGCGCCGCUGGCGCAGCUGGACGACCACGCCGUGGCCCGGGCCGCCGAGGCCUUUGCGUCCCUCGGCCACAGGGAGGGCGUCGCGGGCAUCCUCGUGUGCGUCGGGGCGCGACGGCGGCGCCUCCAGGGCAGCUGCGAGCUUGCACUGGCCGCCACCAUGCAGGUGCUGUGCCCCGCGGCAGGAGACUGGGAGGCCGCCGCGGAGGCCCUGGCCGCUUCGGAGCCCCAGGCCGCCGGCGGCAUCCGGGCCGCGCUCGGCCCAGAGGCGCGGGAGGAGUGGCGCUCGCGCGCCGACCUGCCGGUGGCCAGCGCCGACGCCGUGCUGCUGGCGCUCCUGGCCUUCCCCAGGCACUCCUGCGGCCAGGCGUGGGCGGAGGGGCUCGCGGCCCGCGCCGCCGAGUGCGACGCCGCGCUGCUGCCCGCGCUGCUGCUGCAGGGCGGGGCGGGGCACGCCGCGCUGUGCGCGGCAGCGGAGGCUGCGCUGUUGGAGCACCUGGCCGCAGGCUGCGCCGCCAGCUUCCAGGCCCCGGCCGCGGCCGCCGCCUGCCGCGCGCUGGCGGAGCGCGCCAAGGGGCGCUCCGCCCCGGAGCGGGAGCCGCUCCGCGAGGGCGCCUGCCGCCUGUCGCGCCGGGCCGCGGAGCUCUCCGGCGGCGGCGCGCUGCCCCCCAAGGGUCUGGUCCGUGUGCUGCAGGCUCUGGAGGUCUUCCAGGUGUCGCCGCCCCGGCGGCUCGUGCAGCAGCUCGCGGAGGAGGGCGCGGCGCUCACGCCCCAGGAGUUCCUGCUGGCGCUGCGGGCUCUGCCGCGGCGCAGCCUGGGGGAGGCUCCGGACUGCGCCCGCUCGAUCGCCGGCAUGGCCACGCGGGUGAUGAGGACGCCGGCUGCGGGCAUGCCAGGGUCCGCCGCCAGGGCAUGUGUCGUGUCCACCGCGUCGGGGUCGUGGCCCCCCCCUUAGGGCCUCGAGGCGUGGAGGCCGUGGGAGACGUGGAGCUCCGGCGAUCUUGCCUUUUCCAGUCCUGGCGCGUCUCCUCGAGGCUGGCCUCCGGGGCCCGCCACCGGGCCCCAGCACCAUCAAGACUGGGCCUGGGGCGGAAAAGUUCGACCAUGCGUCCUCGGACGAAAAAAUCCG